CAAUUAGGUGGUGUCAAAUGAAAAAUACCAUCAAGAGCCAGUGAAACACACAUACUGGCUUGGACGGAAUUGGUAGGAGAACAGCGGUGAAAAGGACGAUGCUUAUCGCAAAUUCACCUCUGUGAAUUCCUAUGUUGAUAUAUAUAUAUAAAACUGAACACAAAUGGCGGAUCCAAUGUAGUGAGCAUUGGCAGUGAGGGGUGAAAGAGGGGAGGAAAUGGGAACUGGACGUACAGUGAGGCACUGACACCGGUGGGCAAAACGGAGAGGAAUUAAAGUGAGAGUAAAGACGAUCCAACUGAAAAACCAUUAUUCGACAUCAAAGCUGGCUUUCCAGAUAGCAAGCAACACGUCCUACCGGGGCAAGGGGCAAAUGACAAAAGGCAGAUGGGUCCUGUUCCUCUGUGAUACUCCGGCUGAUGGGUCCUGUUCCUCUGUGAUACUCAGGCUGAUGGGUACAUAAUAUGGGUGAUGGCAGAGGGAUAACUGACUCUCAGCCCCUCCACCCCUACGUGACCCUGUUUCUCCUUUUUUUUUAUCUGAUCCAAACACCCCUCUCCCCCUGUUUUUCUCAAUUUCCUCUCGCCUCAACUCACUCUCCUGCCCCACUGUUUCAUGGAGGAGAGCCAAACCAAUACAACAACACACUGGGUUAAUACACACGUCUCCACCCAUCUGUCUCUGCAAUAGAGGUUCUGGAUCAUUCUCCUGUCAUGUUAUCUGUCACACUCAAUGAUUGGAUGAGCAGUAAGGAUCAUGUGAUCGGACCUCUGUUCUCUCCACCCUUAUUGGACGUCUUCUCUUUCUCAUUUUUGUGAUUGGUUUGGACCCUAUUGGCUGUUGUCAUUUCAACACUGUCCCCCCCCCCGCUGUUUUCUUCUCCUCACGGUAGUCCAUCCUCUGAUGUCAUUGGGCCAUGGUUCGCAAGAGAGGUUCCCUUAUCUUGUGUGGAGCUUUCCUAUUCGUCGCUUGCAAUGGCUUGCUUCUCCUUUUCCUUUGGGGACGGCCUCCCAUUGGUCGAUUUGGGGAAGUGGGAGGGGCUGAGCCAGGGGGAAGGGAAGAAUGGGGAGUGGCCAAAAGAAAAGGGGGUGGGACUAAUCUGGCUGGCGAGGUGAUCCGAUUGGCAGAGGAGAUAGAAUCGGAACUCGAGACCCAGAAGAAACUUCUGAAGCAGAUCCAGAGUCACAGGUCACUAUGGGAAAAGAGGAAAGAGAUGGGAAAAAGAGAGACGGAUGGAGGGAAAAUAGAAGAGAAAGGGAAACACAAACCGUCGCCACGGUUACCUCCAAAGGACGGCUCUGAAAACAAGGACCAAAGUCAAGAAAGAAUUACACAGGAAUUUGUUGCAGCAGUCCCAGACCUUAAAGUAGACACAAAACCAGACAAUGACAUAAAAGAACUGACCAACCACACCAAAUUGGAUGUAUCUGUCACCAUCCCACAAGUUGUCAUUCCCAUAUUGGUUAUCGCCUGUGACAGGGUGACUGUGAAAAGGAGUCUUGACAAAUUGAUACAAUACCGCCCCUCUGCAGAACUCUAUCCAAUCAUAGUUAGCCAGGACUGCGGCCAUGCUGAGACAGCCCGCGUGAUUGGCUCAUAUGGCAGUCAGGUGACCCACAUUAGCCAACCAGACCACUCGGACAUCCGGGUACGGCCGGAGCACAGGAAGUUCCAGGGUUACUAUAAGAUUGCCAGACACUACCGCUGGGCCCUCAACCAGGUGUUCAACACACUCUCUCACUCCACCGUGGUGAUCGUUGAAGAUGAUUUGGAGGUGGCCCCUGACUUCUUCGAGUACUUCCGCGCCCUGCACCCCAUCUUGACCUCUGACCCCACCCUGUGGUGUGUGUCUGCCUGGAACGACAAUGGCCGAGAUGGCCUGGUGGACCCUGGGAAGGCGGACCUCCUCUACAGGACAGACUUCUUCCCUGGGCUGGGCUGGAUGCUGUUGAAGGACGUCUGGGCCGAACUAGAGCCCAAGUGGCCCGCGGCCUUCUGGGACGACUGGAUGCGUCACCCCGAGCAGCGUAAAGAGCGCUCCUGCAUCCGCCCAGAGAUCUCCAGAACUAUAACCUUCGGACGCAAGGGUGUCAGCUUGGGUCAGUUCUUCGACCAGUACCUACGCUACAUUAAACUCAACACUGACUUUGUGCCUUUCACCAAACAGGAUCUGUCUUACUUGAUGAAGGAGAAGUUCGAUGUGAACUUUGUGAAGGAGGUUUACAGCGCCCCCCUAAUUAAGGUGGAGGAGCUACAGCAAGGGGGCGGUUUGACGCGAACGGGUCCGUACCGGGUGCAAUAUUCCAGCCGGGAGAGUUUUAAAGUCCUGGCCCGUAACUUAGGGGUUAUGGAUGACUUGAAAUCGGGGGUUCCCCGUGCAGGUUACAGGGGCGUGGUCAGCUUCCUGUCCCGUGGACGACGGGUCUUCUUGACCCCACCUGAGGGAUGGACAAAGUACGACAUCAGCUGGAGCUGAGAGGUUUGGACGGGACGUUAGUGUGAACGGUAUCGAAGACCGACUCGAGAGAGAGAGGAACACCCUCUCAAACCAAAGAAAACAAAAACAAGGUCACAUGAAGGAACUGAAACUAAACAAAACAGACAGGCUUGGUGGGUGGAAGGAUUGGAUAGAAGUAGGGUGGGUGGGUGGAUUGGAUAG